AUGCCAAAAAUGAUGGCAAAUAUGGAUCAAGACGCGUUGAAAGAAAUGCAGGAAACUCCAGCUCAAAAUCCACUUGCCGAAAUGCCAGAUUUUUCUGCUGCAAUAGCAAAUUUCAUGUCUGGAGGAAAUGUUGGUAGUAAUAAUAAUAAUGAAAGAAGCAAUAAGAAAAACUAA